AUGUCGCUCUCUAGCGAAAAGGGAGCUGGCAAACACGCUCUCGAGCUCGUAGAGACUGGAGCCCAGGCACAAAGUGCUGCUGCGACCCCUACAAGCUUCGGCGCACAGUUCAAGUAUCUUUGGAGAUCAAAGCGGACAGUCCUUGCUGCUCUUGGCUGCUCUACGACCCCGGUUUUAAUCGGAUAUGAUCUCACUCUUAUAGGAUCGAUCAUAGCCAAUAAAGAAUUUGUUAAAGAUUUUGGCGUUUUUGAUAACUCACUUGGUCAAUGGACUUUGCCAGCGAACAGACAGCUGAUUUGGACGAUUGUACAAUUUGUUGCUGCAAUCCUCAGUGCUUUGGGCUCGGGGCAACUAAACGAUAUUUUCGGCCGUCGUGUUUGUUUCUUCAUAACUAUUGGACUAACUACGGCGGGUGCUCUUGUUGAACUUUUCUCUCCCGACUGGAAGGUUUGGCUUGUCGCUAAGCUGUUGAUGGGUGCAGCGAUGGGCUCGAUGCAAGCCAACACGCAGACUUUCGUGUCCGAAGUCACUCCCGUCCAGAUUCGCGGUUUCACUCUUUCCCUUUUUCAGUUCUGGAUUAUCCUCGGCUCUCUCAUCGCGGCUUGCGUUCUCCAGGGGACCAGCUUGAUCGGAAGUUCAUGGUCAUGGAAGGCAGCAGUCAUCACUCAAUUUGUACCGGCUGUGCUGUCUCUGAUGCUGUUCAUCCCAUUCGUUCCAGAGUCCCCCUAUUAUCUUGUUUCCAAAGGCCGUGUGGAUGACGCCCGCCGAGCUCUGGCACGGAUCCGCGAUCCGAUCCACCACGACGUUGACGCCGAGCUCCUGGAGAUACAGAACACACUUGAGCACGAACGUCAACAGAACUCGAACACUGAUAGUUCAUCCUACCUGGAAUGUUUUCAAAAGACUGAUCUUCGACGCACAAUGCUGGCAUGCCUACCUAUGUUCAUGCAAAUCAUGCUUGGCUUUCCGAUCUGUGGCAACUACCUUGCCUACUUCCUUACCCUGUCUGGAGUUACAGAUGCAUUUCUCAUCACUGUCAUCUCUAUAACCUUCUCUAUGCUUGCUGCCAUCUUUGCAUUUGUCCUGAUCGAGCGUGUCGGCCGCCGGCCACAGCUUCUCGUUGGUUCAUACGGGAUGCUGGUGUGUCUGCUCGUCAUCAGUCUUCUCGGCUUCUUUGGCCGCGGCCAAGUCUGGAAUAGCCGUGCACUUGCAGCCUUCUGUAUCAUAUGGGCCAUAUUCUACUAUUCCUCAGUUGGUGCAGUUGGCUGGACCAUCGUCGGCGAAAUCUCCUCGUCCCGUCUCCGCGCUAAGACAACAUCGCUCGCGGCUAUCUCGAACUCAUUUGUCAAUAUGGCCUGGUCUAUCGCCAUUCCCUAUCUUGUCAAUACUGAGGAGGCAAACCUGGGGGCCAAGUCUGCUCUGAUCUUCCUGGGAAUUGGUUUGGUCUUAACCGUUGUCGCCUUCUUCACUGUCCCAGAAACCAAGGGCAAAACGUUCCACGAACUAGACGAUCUUUUCAUUGCACAUACACCGGCAAGAGAGUUCUAA